CUGGCGAUUCUUAAUUUCCUGCAUUUGAAGAUGCAUUACUUUUCUUUUUAUUUUUAUGAAAGCUAACUAGUUAGUUCAGGAACAUAACUCCAUUUCAGUUAAAAAAAAUGCAUAAGAAGAUUCAUUUUGGAACAUAGAUUAUAACGCUCAAUUUCACAAUACUACUCUUAUUCGGCUAUUCCGCACUAAAAAAAAAAAAAGUAAAAAUAAAAAUAAAAAUGUUGAACCCAUUUUCAUUUCGUUGCUCCAAUUAUGCUUCUACGACGGCGUUUCCUUCCCAAUUACUCCAUAAUACGACAUCGUUUCACCUCAACCGACCAUCUCCGAAUUUUCCGUUUCCCCGCCGGCCGUUCAAUCCACCGGAACUCCGAUCAGUUCCUCCCGUCGUUGCUGUCGCCUCUUUACCAUUCUUCGAUUUCAGUGGAGGCAAAGGGUGCGUACAUCAUGAAUGAGUUCUUUGAAGUGGAACUAAAAGUUCGCGAUUAUGAAUUGGAUCAGUUUGGUGUUGUCAACAAUUCGGUUUAUGCAGGUUAUUGCCAACAUGGUCGUCAUGAAUUCUUGGAAUGUAUUGGUAUUAAUUGUGAUACCGUGGCUCGUGGUGGUGAUGCAUUGGCAUUGUCAGAGCUAUCCUUCAAAUUCCUUGCACCUCUAAGAAGUGGUGACAGAUUUGUCGUAAAGGUUAGGGUUUCUGGCUCUUCAGCUGCUCGUGUAUACUUUGAUCACUUCAUCUAUAAGCUACCAAACCUAGAGCCUAUUUUGGAAGCAAAGGCCACAGCGGUGUGGCUUGACAAAAGCUAUCGUCCCAUUCGAAUUCCAGCAGAUAUUAAGUCUAAGUUUGUUAAAUAUAUUCGAAGAGAGGACUCUUAGUCCAUCUUUCACAUGAGCAUUUGAUUGAUAGAUUGUUGAGAAAGUAAACUGUUUUUUGUACUUGACUUCAAUUUGGCAUGUGAACGGGCAAGGAGGUAGAAGUAUCUUCAAAUAUGGCGACUUUAAAAAUUUGGUCCAAAAUUAAGAUUAUAAAAUCUGUAGGAUAUUGUGCAAUUGUUGUCUAAAUGAGUAAACUAAAGAUCAGUCCCAUAUGGUGUUUUUUUGAGUAGUUUAUUAUAUUAAUAGUAUUCUAUUAGUUGUGUUUUGAAUUAUAGUUUUAGAAUACAUUAAUUAUGAUGCAGAGUGGGUGUUGAAUUUAACAAUAAACUUUGCAAGAAUAGUAUGGUAGUAUCAUACUGUGUAAUCAAAUGGAAUAGUUGAAUAUAAAGUUUGUCUUGAAGUGGAA